AUGCGGAUUGUUGGCUGUGUGGCCGAUAUUGUGGAACGACUGCCACAAGCUGCCGCGAAAGUUGCCGUACCAGGCACAACACUGUAUAUUGUUUCUCGUACUGGCGAAGUCAGAUGUGUGCCGAAUUUGGAAGAGAAAUUUUCCAUAAUGCUGAAGGAAGCAGUUAGCCGCGUACAGAACGAAAAUAUCCGUCAAAUGGUCAUUUUGAUUGCGUCAUCCGACUCAUAUCCCAUGUUUUUCUAUUAUGACAUGAUCUGCAAAGAAGAGAUCCGUUCACAGCGCAACAUCGAUUUGGCGCACUUACCCAAACUCGGCUUGCACCGAAUCAAGGGCAAUUACAAUAUCGAAAAGUUAAAGUCAUCACACAAUUUCGGUCAUCUGUAUAAAGCGGAAGGAAAAGCCGAUCCAACCGAACAUCGAUUUUUUUAUCGUGCAGUGGUGCGGGUUGUUGACAGUUAUACAGCCGAGGAGGUGACAUGCAGUAUUAAAAAUGCCCUGAAGCGUGCAUGCGGUGAAAUUGCCGUGGCUCUUUACCGCUCGAAUACGAUUGACCGGAACCAUAUUUUGUUAUUCAUCCAUCGUGCGCCAACCAGUGAGGAAAUACUGAUGAGUUCGGCCGAUUGGACGAAUGUUAUCUGUGAAGCUUAUCUGCAGUGCAAA